GCCUCGCCCGCCAAAGAAGAACGUCAUCCCAAGCUGCCUCGUUGGUUUGUUUCUUUCUAUAAUAUUUCACCAUCAAGCUACGAAUUACUUUCUACUUUCACAGGAUCCCUUGACGCUUCUUCAAAAAACGUCUACAUUUCAGUCAAUUACCUAUUUCAAGUAUCAUCGCCGUCAAUACUUCAAAACAAUCAUGGCGGACACCAGUAAUCAUGAUGAGUUGAUCUCUCAAUUUUGCGCAAUCACCAAUGCUUCCCCAUCAGAGGCUCAACAAUUCCUUUCCGCAAAUCAAUGGGACUAUGCAUCAGCUAUGACAGAAUUCUUCACUGCUCAAGAGGAAGGAGAUACAGGAGCCUCAGAACCAGUCGGUAACAACGAUCAAACUGAAACUCCACCAAACUAUACUGGGCCACGAACACUCGAUGGCAGACCUGCUCCCGAUAAUGGCAAGAAACCUGCAAAACCAACUGCCGCAGCCGGUAGAGCUGGGGGACGUGGAGGCAUCACAACUCUUGGUUCUUUAAAUCAAGGAUCUUCGAGCCAUGGUGAUCGUAUGAACGAUGACGACGACAGUGAUCCAGAUUAUGAACCAGAUGAACAGCCAAGAGAUUUAUUCGCUGGUGGUGAAAAGUCAGGAUUAGCUGUUCAAGACCCCUCGAGAAAACCCGAUGCGAGAAAAAUUGUUGGUGAUAUUCUUAAGCAAGCCAAAGCAAAUUCUUCGAGAGAGACUGGAGAACCAUCUGCACCAGCCGCAGCUGCACCAUCUCGAUUCCGUGGCAGUGGGCAAACUCUCGGUGGUGAUGAUGCUCCUUCUCAAGUAAUUCCCGAUCCUCAUCCUCCUGCAGCUUCUUCCGAGCUUGUGACAAGAAUUCUACACCUUUGGGAGGAUGGUUUCAGUGUUGAAGAUGGCCCACUUCGCCGAUUCGACGACCCUGCAAACGCGCAAGACCUGCAGGCGAUACAAAGUGGCCGUGCUCCUCUACACUUGAUGAAUGUUAGGCAUCUUCAACCUGUUGAUGUUCAAUUGCACAAACAUGAUGGACCUUACAAAGCUCCACCCAAAGUCUACAAGCCUUUUGGUGGAUCAGGCCAGAGACUUGGUAGCCCUACGCCGGGCGGCUCCAGCACUCCGCAGGCAUCCACUCCAGCGCCAGCGCCUGCACCUACUGCCGGCUCAACAGCAACCCCAGAAGUCCAGGUCGAUGAAUCACAACCAACACUCACCCUCAGACUUCAGUUGGCAAAUGGCACUCGUAUUCCAGCUCGAUUCAACACUACGCAAACUGUAGGCGAUGUAUAUGACUUCAUUGCACAAGCAAAUGCUGGUAGCAAUGAGCGAGCUUGGGUACUUGCAACCACUUUUCCAAACAAAGAACAUACCGAGAAGAGUCAGGUCCUGGGUGAAAUGCCAGAAUUCAAGAGAGGAGGUACAGCUGUGCAGAAAUGGGUUUAGGAGGUGUGGAGGUGGAUUGGACAAAAGUGUAAUAGAGAUUCGCGACCAAGCGGAAUCAAUUAUGAUGAAGCUUUUACUUACUGGCUACGGCCAGAAGGCGUUUAAGGAAGUCUGGGAGCACAUACAUAGCAUUUUUUUUAGGCAUAGAUAGCUGAUUUGUCAAGCCGCAAUGAUAGACGCAAUUGAUUUAGCA